UGCGGGCGGCGACAUCGGAGGAGCUGGGGAUUUGGGCGGCGAGUCGGAGGAGCUAGGGAUUUGGGCGGCGACGUCGGAGGAGCUAGGGAUUCAGGGAGCGACUGGUGAGACAGUGAGUGUGGAGAGUCACGACAAGUGAGCGCAGACUGCGGAGGGGCAAAAUGGGAAACAACAACAUUUUCGUAGCGUUACGAAAUUUCAACUACAAUUUCUAAAAGCUCUUAUAAAAGUUUACAGAGGGAGUAGUAUAUAUGAAGUCACAGUUCCUUGGGCAGGAAGGAAGCUCGAAUUAUGAAACAAGUCAAGAACAAAAAGAAAAUAUCGCUAGUUAGACCAUAACCACACCAAAUCUUCCCAGGGACCAGGCCAUGAGAAGAGUAUAGUAUAUCUACACCAUUUGGAGUGAAAAAAGCAAAUCCCGUCGAGGACUACUAUUUGGUUAUAUGGACAAAGUCGUAAUUCCUUGGGCGUGAAGGAAGCUCGAUUCAUGAAUCAAGUCAAAGACAAUAAGAAACUAUCACUUGGUUGACCAUAAGCACACCAAAUCUUGCUGAGAUCAGAUCAAGCAAAUACUAGUACAGUACCGUCUACACUAUCUGGUUAUAAUAUCUUCCUUGCAAUCACUUCCAUCACAAGUAUAAAGUUGGGUUGGUCAAGGUCUGCUUAAGCACGCACAAAUCAGCACUAAAAACAGAGCUGCUUAAUUACAGCUCUCUGUGUGUGUCAGAGAGAAGCUGUGUGGGUGUGUGAGAGGGAGGGAGAGAUGGGCGGUGCCGUGAAGGUGUACGGGGUGGCGGCGUCUCCGUUCGUCGCGACGGUGCUGCUUUGCCUGGAGGAGGUCGGCGCCGACUACGAGCUCCUCCCCCUCGACAUGGCUGCGCGGGAGCAGAGGACCGAGCCACACCUCUCUCGGAACCCAUUCGGCAAGAUCCCAGCGUUGGAGGACGGGGAGUUGACUCUCUUCGAAUCGCGCGCGAUUUCUCGGUACGUGCUCCGCAAGUACGGAGGCACCAGCGCCACCGAUCUUCUAAGGGCAUCCAGCCUAGAAGAAUCAGCCAUGGUGGACGUGUGGAUGGAGGUGGAGGCCCACCAGUACCAGCCGGCCAUCGCCAACGUCGUCCGGCAGUGCGUCAUCCUGCCGUUCAUCGGCGGCGCGCGAGACCAGGCCGUCGUCGAGGAGUACGUCGGGAAGCUCGAGAAGGUCCUCGACGUGUACGAGGCGCGGCUGUCGAGCUCGCCGUACCUCGCCGGGGACUUCUUCAGCCUCGCCGACCUCGUCCACUUCGGCUUCACCUACUGCCUGGUGGCCGGCACCGAGUUCGCGACGCUGCUGGAGUCGCGCGCGAGCGUCAUGGCGUGGUGGGGGCGCAUCAUGGCCAGGCCCUCGGUGAAGAAAGUGGCCCCGCUCAUCCACCUCGGAUUGAAGCUAUCCUCGUCUGCUUAAAUUGAAUGUCGCAAAUUCAGUUUAUAUAUGCAUUUCAGUUGGGUUUUACUACUAUGAUUUUUGAUGUCUAGAGACAUGUUGAGAAAUAAAUGUUUGUUCGUAAGUAGUACUUCCUACGUAAAAAAAUAUAUAUAAGCGUAUGGAUCACUUAGUGAUCUAAACGCUCGUAUAUUUCUUUGUGGAAGGAGUACUACAUAUAAAUAAGACUAGAAGGAAAAAUGAGAUGCACUAAACUCAUCAUCGAAUCUGAUGGUAUGAUGGCGCUGGAGGCUACCUAUCAUCCAAUGCUUA